AUGGCAGAGGGCGCGUCGGCCUCCCCAUCCGCGGUGGGCAGCAGCAGGGGCCUGCACAGCGCCAUCAUCCAGUGGUUGGUGGACAACUUCUGCAUCUGCGAGGGGUGCAGCGUGCCUCGCUGUCUCAUGUAUGAAAUUUACAUGGAGACCUGUGGGCAGAACACUCAGAACCAAAUCAACCCAGCAACGUUUGGGAAGCUUGUGCGCUUCGUGUUUCCUGAUCUUGGCACCCGAAGACUGGGCACAAGAGGAAGUGCCAGGUAUCAUUAUGAUGGAAUCUGUAUCAAGAAAACUUCUUUCUUCUAUGCCCAAUAUUGUUAUCUUUUGGGUGAAAAAAGCUGUACACCUGGAAAUGUUGUCACCUUUGAAAAAUCUGCUAAUUGUAGCAGCGUUAUUCAACCAGAAGAAACAUAUGAAAUGCAUGCACUCAAAAAGACAGACCAAGAGGAAUCUCCUUUGCCUGAAUUCAGAAGAUGUCAAUUUUGGGAACAAGAACUGGCAAAGAAAUACUCGUAUAAAAUGAUGGCCUUUCUUGCCAACGAAUACUGCAACUAUUGUCAAGACAUUUUACAGAGUGUGAAGAAUCAAGAAUUUGAGAGGGUACAGGACCUUCUUACAUCCUUCUGGAAGUCUCUACAGCAAGACACAGUCAUGUUUAUGUCGCUGCCUGACGUGUGCCAGCUCUUUAAGUGCUACGAUGCCCAGUUAUACAAGGGAAUUGAGGACAUUCUCCUUCACGACUUUUUGGAAGAUGUUUCUAUCCAGUACUUGAAAUUGGUGAGACAAUUUAGUAAGAGAUAUAAGCUUUGGCUUCUCACAGCAGUGGAAGGUUUUCCGGCUCCAUUAAAGAUUUCCAAACUCAAAGAAGUCACCGUGUUUGUCAAGAGAAUCAGAAGAAAGACAUACCUUUCCAACAUGGCUAAGACCAUGAGAUUGGUGUUGAAAAACAGUGGGAGAGCCAACGGUUUGAAGUCGGAUCUGCAUGCUAUCCUCAGUCAAGGUGCUUUAGAUAUCUCUGCAAAGGCCCUGACAGGUGGCCUGGACCCCACGGAGGAGCUGGAGAGCCACACAGAGAUGCAAUGUUUAAGCAGUUUGAUUUCUUUGCUGGGAACAUCAACGGAUCUCAGCGUGUUUCUGAACUGCCUGUCUUCUAAUCUCCAAGCAUUUGUCUUCCAGCCAAGCAGAAACAAAGAGGAAUUUAUGAAAUUAGCUGCCAACUUCCAGCUUCGAUGGAAUUUCCUUCUUACUGCUGUGAGCAAAGCCAUGACCCUCUGCCACAGAGAUAGCUUUGGCUCCUGGCACCUGUUUCAUUUGCUGCUUUUGGAAUAUGUGAUCCAUAUACUUCAGUCAUGCAUGGAAGAAGAGGAAGAGCAGGAUCUGGGGCAUCUCAGGGAAAUGCUACCAGACAGCCAAUCUCUUCUCCAACCAGACCAGACGCUCUUCCACCCUCCAGAACCUUCAGCUCCAGAUUGUGCCAACCUGCUUGCAGAGCCACCACCAGAGACGCCAAAACACAUGAGCCAAAGCCAGGGUCCCACGGGUCUGAGCAAUUUGGUUCUCCGAGUCCUGGGCUUUCUGGUGGACACCACUACGGGUGAUAAGCUCAUCCAGGUACUGUUGGAAGACAAGGCCACGGAGAGCGCAGUGAAACUCAGCCUUCCUAUGGGCCAGGAAACCCUGGUAACCCUGAAAGAUGGACAAAGAUUUGUCAUUCACAUUUCAGGUGUACCGGAAAGCUCCGAACACACUUAUUUUCAAGAAAGCGAAGCUAGCGUUUCAGAUGGUCAGUUUGAACAGGGCAUGAAAGAAGGAUUGCACUUGAACUCCUAAAAAGACAUACUAAAUGCUAAAGCUUAUGUAUGGAUGUGAAAGAAGUUUAUGCACAUAAUAGUACAUAUGUAUAUAAUAAGUACAUAAAUUUACGUUUGCAUUUCAAGGAGUUGGCUUUGAUUAAAUGUAUGAACUGAUUUCA